GCGGAAGAAACACGAAAACAAAAAGUAGCGGCCGAGAUGAGGUAAGUUGAAGUUGUACAUCCACCACGUGCUCGCUCCAUUGUAAACAGGAAAGAAAGACGAGAUUGGUCAGUCAUAUUUUUGCAUCCACAUUUUCUCGCUCCGCCCACACGCCCACCUACUCCUCACUGCAGCCACUUUCCUCAACAGCGCUCUUCUCAUCUUUCUGUGUGUUCACCUUGCUAGGGUUUUGUGUUCUCUUUUCAUCGGGUCGCUGGCCGGAUUUCCCCCUCUGUUUUGGCUUGAAACUUUCUCGACUCUGGUCAAAGCAUUCGGAUGGGAUUUGACCGAAUCGAGAUGCACCCCGCACCUACGCCCGCACCAGCGUGGGUAAAGACGGCUUAUAUGGUCAAAACAAAGAGUUCGCAUGGCAUAGAUAAUCACGGAUCUAAAGCAAGGUUCGCAUGAAUAGAUAUUACAACAGCAGAGUAAACUGAAGUUUCACAUGUGAAUCUGGUGAAUGUGUUUUGUGUUUGAUCAAAAUGGACGAAAACGAUCUUGAUCUAAGUUUGGGUCUGCCCUGUGGUGGAGUGGUUGCAUCAGAGAAAAGUAAAAGUGGGAGCUCAUCGGAUUCUAAGGUCGAGGAAGUUGAUAGAGAUGGAAAGGUGAUCAAUGAUUUCAAGAACUUUCUGGAUGGAGGUACUAGCAGCCAAAAGCAUGACUGUGGUGUGGGUUCUCAGAGAGGUGAUUCAACAAAACAUGAUGGGAACUUGCUUUCCAGCAGUAGUGUUGAUGGGGAUGCUUCUAAAAAGCUAAAUAGUGGAGGAUUCUGGGUUCCAAAUGAUAAUAGACCUAUAGAAGUUGAAGAAGAAAGGAGAACUGAUGUGGGCGACAAACGUAAAUAUAUGUUCCAGGAGUCGAGUCAACAAAAGAAGCAUGAGAGAGAAGCUCAUCAUGCCGACCUGCAUGAUAAGACAAGGACAUCACACAUUUCAAUAACCACAGAUGAUGGUUCAACUGCAGAAAAUGAAGAUGUUGCUGAUUCUGAAACUGUUGGUUCAACGUCCAGCCAGAUUUUGCAGCAUGAUGAAAACUCUAAGAGAUUUGUUGGAAGUAGUGGUCUAGUGGAAGUUCAUAAGGAGCUUCGUGGUGUUUCUGAUUCAAGUGGUGUAGAAUUACUUGGACAAAGAAGGCUUACCAUUUCUUCUGGGAAGGAUGUUAAGUUUGGGAAUAUGCCAUAUAGUAUCCCAUUCCAAGGCCAAUCAAUCAACAUCAUGAACCUGCCGUACUCUAUACCUUUGAAAGAUUCUAACCAAGGUAAUACAGCAAGUACGACUGGUUACUCAGUUCCUGGCAUGAUGCAAGUAAUGGCUACCACAAGUGGAGAUAGACCAGGAGCCCAACCUGUCAUACCUACAAAUUUGCCACUCAUGUUUGGCUACUCUUCUGUACAGCUGCCAACAUUGGAGAAUGAUAAUUCUAGCGGUGCAGCUUCUCAUCUUCAGCAGCUUCACCCUUCCUACGGACGAGGUCCCUUGGGCUCAGAUAAGCACAAAGAUGGACCAAAUAUUUCACAAGCUACUUUGCCGAUCAUUCCACAUAAGUCAUCUGAUUCCGUACAAUAUGAUGGGAGGGCAAUGGAGCAUGUGAAAGGCAAUGGGAGACAACAUAAGGUGGAAGAAACUUCCUCUUCUCGAGGGGAAGAAAAUGUUACAGGUGGCAACAUAAGCGUCAGGGCAAAAGACCCUCUUGAGCAGCCCAGAGCAGAAGCAGUUCCUUCAGAAUUUCCUACAAUAAGGCCAGGUCUUGCUGCAGAUCUGAAAUUUGGAGGAUCUGGUUCCUAUCCGAAUCUACCAUGGGUUUCAACAACUGGUCCUGCUCCAAAUGGUAGAACAAUAUCUGGUGUUACGUAUAGAUACAGUCCCACCCAAAUCAGGAUUGUUUGUGCUUGUCAUGGGUCUCACAUGUCACCGGAAGAGUUUGUGCGGCAUGCUAGCGAAGAGCAAACUAGUCAAGAAGGUGGUGCUGUUGUUUCGUCAUUUCCAAGUAGCAAUCCUGCUGCCUCUGCACAAAGCUGAUUUUGGAUAAAAAUCCUAUGCUGAAGAAUGAAGUAACUUUUCAUUGUCUCCAAAUAAAUGUAGGAAGCAGAAGCAUAAUUAUAGUUAAAAUGAAUGAGAGUGCGCAUAUUUCUUAAUGCAUAUGCACAUAUCCCAUUAAAUUGUAUUAGUCUAGCCUCUGAAAUCGAGAUGCUAGCCAAAUAUAUGUAAUAAAGUAUGACCUUUUUCUUAUCAAGCGUAUCAUAAGCACUCUCUGGGGGCAUUACAUUUCAUUGCA